GGGCAUUUCUGCCUCGCCCCGAGUCCCCGCCCCGUCUUUUCCCCUCAUGCCGACUUUGUGAGACGGAGGCAGAGCGAGAAAGAGGGACGACGAGAGAGAGAGAGAGAGAGACGACAGAGAGAGAGAGAGAGAGGCAGCGAAGGGCGCGCCCAGGGCAGCCGCGGACAAAGCCCCGUCGGGGAGGCGGUUGGGCCGAGAUCCAAAGAAAAAAUACAGGCCUGUCCCUUGCCUAGUAGUUCCAAGAAUUUCAGACAGCUUGCCCAGGGCCCUUGGGUGUGAAGAUGGAUGACCAAUCAGCAGUUAGUGGGGACCCAUCUCCUCAAGUCAAUGGUGUUGCUACUGCUAAGGAAGGGGCACCAGUUGCCUGUCCUCCUGCAAUGAAACAGAAAUCCAGCAAGAACCCACAUCCAGUCGUACGGCUUCCUGGGCGGAAGCAGCCGAUCCCUCCUUCCUCUCGUCCCCCUACAGUUCCUUCUGGUGCAUCCAAAACACUCAACAAUGGGACAACAAGGAAGGCUGGUGUGUUGCAUCCCAAGCAGCCAGUGCUCAAGAACAAUACUGCUGCCAACUCAUCCACCAGAAUAACAGCAAAAAAGGUGACAGGAGACAAGCCUGGUGGGGUAAAGCCUUUGGAAAAAAUGGACCCAGAUGAGGUGCAGCAAAAAGCCACCAAGGUAGCAACAGUGGCAGCAACUUCAGUCCCAAAGACUGCUUCCACAAAGCCUAAGAAAUCGGAACCUCCUAAAUCCUCCAGGACUUGGUUGCCAGGGACUAAGACCGCAACUUCAUCAGCUUUAAACAGAACAGCUGCCAACGACAGAAGUGUGAGCAGACCUAAGCAGACAGCACCAUCUGCUGGCCAGGCCAUAGCAGUUCAGCAGCAGAGAAAUACUUUGUCCACCCAAAGAGAUACCUCCAGAGCUGUCUCCCCUCUCAAGGCCAAACUGUCAACUUCUAGCCCCACAGUGAAGGUGUCUACUGCCCCAAAGAACUCCAAAACCUUAAACUCCAAAUCACAGUCUGAACCACACCUUGGACAGAGGAAUACCGCUGCAAAUACCAAGCUCACUGCAAAGAAGGUUUCAGAGCUUAUGAAGCCCAGAAAUCCUGUCAAUGCAGCUGUUGCAAGUGUCCACCCAGCCAGAGUACAACGAACGGUCAAGGUCCCACCUUCAUCAAGCACCCUAGGCAAGAAGCUUCUGAAGAAAGAUGCUUCUCCUGGUCUAGAACAGGCUUCUGUUCAAAACAAGAUUCAGAAAGCAACUGCUAAGGAAAAGGAGGCCACAGCAACCACUGGGAAAGCAGAAAGUGUCACUGGGACAGAUAUUGAGGCUCUACAAAUAUUAGCCCCUGAGAUAAAGAUUGCUGGCCAGCCCAUCUCUCAAGAGGGAGUGUCAGCAGGCUUCAGGGUAGGGGCCUCAGGGACGGAGCAUAUGGAACCAGGAGACUUGGAAGAAGAAGAUGGGACAGAGCAGGCCAACACAGUUUUGAUUGCAGAAAUGCUGCCUCCCUCAGUGCAGGAAGUCCCUAUAGCCUCUCUUGCUCCACAAGCUGUGGGGAUCUCCUCUCCAAGGGAGCUGUCCCAUUUGCAAGAUGUUUCCCCGAGUGAGAGGUCCCAUUCCCAGCAAGAUGUCCCUGAAGCCCUUGAACUCUCCAGUGAUUGCAAUGAAUUAUUGCAUUGUGAGACAGCACUUCCGUGUGAAACACCCCUAUCCAUUAAUUUGGAGCCCUGUGCCCAGAGUCCCCCUGCUUUUCCUCCAUCAAUGUCCUUGUGGUCUGGUGUGGAAACCAAUUCCCCUGAGGACUAUGUAAAACAAGCACCUCCAUGCCUUGAGUUUGGAGGGACCCUCAGACAGCUGCAUUCAUUGCCUGAUGCUGAUGAGAUCCAUGAAGAUUUGAAUCCCCUCUCAACAUCCCCUCAGGGGUCCCCAAUUUCGGCUGAAGGUGAUAUUCCCUUCUCAAGUCAAACAGAGGCACUUCAUUUUCCUGGCUUCUUGGAUUUUGAGGCCAGGCCACUAGAAGAGCCCCAGGCUGCUAUGGAUUUGGUGCCAACAGCAGAGGGAUGGGAGUCACCUACCCUCCAAGCAGAACAAGCACCUCCUCCCUCUACCAGCCAAGCAGAUACUCCCACUUUGGUAGCCUUCACAGGACUUCUGACUAUGAAGUGUGAUGAUGAGCCUGGCAGCGAGGAGGAAGACCAAGUCCCAAGUCUCUCUUUAAGUCCAGAGGAGGAGCCACAGCAGGACACAGCCUCUCCAGAAACUGAGAGUGCCAGAUGGAGGAGCUCUUUGGACCCUUCUGCUGAAGAUGAUGAGGUGACUCAAGAGGAUGCUUGUCCCCUGCUCAUGGAAGAGUUCUCAGCAGCUCCUGGCAGUGGUACAGAAGGAGUGCCAGAGGAGGACCUGCAUGUGACUGAAAGUUUGACUGUCUUUGAGGCUGUUUGGGACCAGCCUAAUCUCCCUUUGCCUAUAGCUGCAGCUUUGCUUCUUACUGACUCUGUUCAGAACGAAGAUGAUGACCAGUCUAGUGGAUUGGCUGAACAUCCCGGUGUUGAAUGCCUCGGGGAUGAUGAUGAUAAUGGUGAUGAUCCAGUAGCUCCAGAAGUAUGUGCGAGUAUCCUGCAGCAAGUGGAGGGUCCCCCUGACAAUGCUCUAGAUGUCAUGCUCUUCCUCUCAGAUGAGGCCUUACCAGGUGGUAGACAUGGCAGAGGUGAUGAUGGUGUUAAUGUUACCAUUACUGCUCCAGGUUCGAUGCACAAACCCCAGAGCCUACCCUUGAAGAGUCUGGAGUUGCUGCAGGAGCCUCCCGCUCAGUUGCCCAGUGGACCGGAGCUGCCACUAAGCAGGACGGGGACAAAGGGCCAUUCUCCAGAGCGGGGAGGCUCAUCUUCCAAAUCCAGCACUCUAAGUGGUCCAGACCUGGCAGGCAAGAGCAGCAGUGAGACAAGCACCCCGGAGGAGCUGCGGGAGUACGACAGUAGUUCGGGAGUGGAGUCCAAGUCAGAUGAGAGACUGGAGCAAACCUGCCACCAGAUCUUGAGUCCCCUGGAGGACCUCCCUGGGGAGCUAGACCUGGGCAUCCACAUGGAGAAGGUGGAUGAUGAGGCAGAGACCCUACCCGCAGAUGAAGUCCUUGGUGACCCGCCAACAGAGCCCACAGUGUCCUCCUCAGAAGGGGAGGAGGAAGAAGGGAAGAUGGCAGAGGAGCUGGACGUGGAACUACUGAAGGAGGUGGGCUUUGCCAAAACAGUGUGCUUGUCGGCCUCCCCUCCCCCACGCAAGCAGCCCCCCUUGCCUCAUUCAGUAGAGGAGUCUGAUGAGCCUGGCUCAGGUGACGCUGGCACAGAGACCCCGGCCUCCACCAAUUCGGCGGCCUCCUGUGAUGUCUUUGGUGCCUUCCACCUCCACUCCACCGACAGCUGUGGCAAGAGCCCUGGUCUCUCCUCCCUUGAGAGUGAAGAGCACUCCACCGAGGGCCUGAAGGACCAGCUCCCAAAAGAGACGAACGGCCAGACUCCCGUGGGUUGGGAGCAUCCCUCUCCACAACUCCCCCCAACUGCUCUCCAAAAGAUGGGAGGGCAGGAGGGGGAGGAGGAGGCAGAGCCUUUUGCUGUCACUGAUAACCUGGCCACUGCAGGUGACAGUGGGGCUGGCUUGCCCUUCCCCUGGGGACCAUGUCCGUCAGAGAUCCUCUCCACUAUCUAUGAAGUAGAAAGUGGUGCUGAGACGCCAGGCCCGGAUGAAGAAGAGGGGAGCCGCUGCUUCUGCAAUGCCUCCCAAGACCAAGCUCUUCACCUAGGAAACAUCCAGGCCACCGUGGUGCAGCAGCUAAUCAGCCGGUCACUGCUCUUCCCCACAGAGGUGCCUUCUGGGGCUAUCGGUGGUAAGGGGGCAAUGAGCAGCGAAGUGGAGAUUGGCAAAUGGACUGAACUGAUAUCCCCUCUGGAUGAGUCACGGGCCAGCAUAACUUCUGUGACAAGCUUCUCCCCCGAGGAUAUGUCAUCCCCACAUGGAGACUGGACUGUGGUGGAAGUAGAGACCUUCCAUUGAAUUGCUUCCAUGGAGGGACUUGCCUCUUGUGACCCGACACAUCCUUCUUGUAGUUUUUAGCUCACUCAGGAGUACCUUGGAGUCAUUGAUGGUUUGCUAAUGAAGGAUUAUCUUCCCUUUUGUCUCUGGGCCACGUUGCAUCUACUGUAGUUCAGCUCUUGUGAGCUAUCACCAGGCGAGAAAAUAUUUAUUCCCUCUUGCGUUUCUGCUGACCUUGGCUCACAACCAUUUAGCAAAUGAUACUUGAAUUUUCAAAGGUGGGGAAUGCCUUCUGUCCACAGAAGGAUAUAGGAAGCCUGUAGCCCACUAGUGGCUGUUGGAGUUCAACUGAUGAGUUGGAGUUUAGCAAUAUCUGGAGGGCCACAGGUUUAACCUCUUAUUGUAUAUGAACCACCAAGCUAACAGAUCUAUUGACUCUGAGGCGUGGGUAUGCUUUUUUCAAAGUCCUGUUUUCAGAAAGCAGGCAAUCUUUCUGCUAGGAUGUCAGAUAAAAGCUCAAAUGCCCCCUUGCCUGCAUUUGAUAGCAGUAGGAAGGAAGCAGACCGUUGCCACUUGAAGAAAGGUUGUCUUCCCUCCACCAGGGAAAAGGGGCAUUUGCAAGUGGAGAGAAGAUGCCUUUUUUCUUUAAUCAAUGUUCAUCUGAUUUUUGAAAGAACUGAUCACUCCAAGCCUCUGCCUCUAAGAUGGUUUUAUCUUGGGACCCACAUACAGAUGCAUUUAUACAAACAUGUCCAUGGACUGGAAGAGCUCUUGUUUUAUGAAGUAGAUGGAGAGCUACACCCUGCAAGAGGCAGGACAAAAAGUUGCUACGCUUCUGCUGGAAAUCACGCUUGUAUGGUGAAAGUCUUUGCGCAGAUGUGUCCCAAGAGUGCCAGUGCAGUGAAGUAGUUUGAGUGCAGGACUACAACUAGAGAUCAGGGUUCAGCAAUGACAAUACACUGGGUGAUUUCAGGCAAGUCACAUACACUCAGCCUCAACAAAGCACAAGCAAAGUCACCGCCAAUGAAACAGGUUUGCCACAAUUCAGGAACAACUGAAUUCUGCCACAACAAACUGGCCCUACUCCCCCCCCUUUUUUUUUUUUGCUGACACAGCAGGAAGUCACUUGGGCUUACACUUUUGAGAUAAGUCAGACCAUAUUGAGUAUUUUUUAGUUAUUGAAGAAAUUAGCUUGCUCUUUUUUUAGGGGGAUGUUGGAACAGAUCUAGUGAUGCAAAAAAUCACCUUAUGUUCUGGUAUGAGAUUUGUGGGACUUGCUAGUAUUACAUGAGAUAAAACUGCCAUCCCUAAUCUCCCAGGCAGUUCCAGGAUGCUGUGUUUUUGCGAGUUUUUAUUUUAUUUUAUUUUUUUUGCAUGCGUUUCUUCAUUUCACUACAGGCAGCUGCCACCAUUUUUUCCUACUGAUGCAGGGAAAAGAUGCCUUCAACAAAUUCUCUCAAAUUAUCUGGAAGACAAUGCCUGAAGAUUAUUUGUCUGUCCUUCAGAAAUGUUGCCAGAAAAGCUCAAGUGAGACAGAUUUUUCCACUAUGGGGGGAAUCUACACUGUACACACAAUGCAUCUUGACACCACAUUAACUGCCAUGGUUUAAUGCUAUGGUAUCGUGGUAUCUCUAGUUUGGUGAGGCAUCAGCACUAUAACUCCUAGGAUUCCAUAGCCCUGGGUCAUGGCAGUUAAGUGGUGUCAAACUGCAUUGUCUAUGGUGAAAAUAUGCCUUGCACAAGGCAAGUGGCCGUUUUGUCUUUUAAGCUUGUCUGGUUUCUGAGUCUAAAGGUGCCCACUGAAGGUGUGCUGCCCUGUCAAAAGUUCACCAGUCCUCUGUUGCCAAGGAUGUCUCAUCUCCCAUUAUGUUGCUUUAUUUAUUUUGAGGCUUCCAUCUCAACAUUUCUGUCCUCUUUGCUGCACCUGCCUUGCGCAAAGAGAAGCUGACUGUCUUUCCUAUUUACAUGCAGGAAUUGUUGUGCAGUAGCAUUGUAGGAAACAGCUUUGUUGAAUGUAGCAGGGUCUUGAUCUUAGGUGUGUGACUGCUGUUGUAACAUAGCAAAUCAUUAGUGAUAAAUUAUAGUAGAUAUUUCUUACGUUUUUUCUAAAUAAAGAUAAGCAUUUGAGUUUC